AUUGAAUUAUUUAAAACUACUAAGAAAUCAGUUAAAUUGGUAUUGCCUUUGUAAUUAGUAAACUAAUCUCACUUCUCUCAGAAUGAUCAAAAGGUAGCGUCCUUUAACUUGGGUAAAAGCAACAUGGGGACUUGUGGAAGCAAAGAGGUGAUCCACGUAGACCCACAGGCCCUUAAAUCAGACCACAACUCAAAACCCACGACUCCAACUAAACCAGCCAAAACAGAAUCUCCCGCCAAGCCAGCGAGAGUAGUCGCGGACAAUGGCCAUGUUAACUCAGACUCAGACUCAGAUGGGAAAGCGGUUGAGAAAAAACCCAAAAAGAAGUCUGGCAAAGCAAAAUCGAAGAAGAAGAAGGUAAAGAAGAAGAAGAAGAAGCGAGAGAAGAACAGCGAUGGUAUUUCAGUUUCAAUCGAGUUCAGUGAUUGGAGUAUGGAGAGUUGUUCCAGUAAUGAUCCAGACGUCAUAGUGGUUCAGCAGGUGAUCCAUCAUCAUCAUCAUGACCAUGAUCAGCCUGACCAAGAUGUUAACAUAACUAUUAAUCAAGGAGAUACCAUUAUUGUGGCGCCAGGUGAUGCACCACCAAGUGAUGUGGCAUCAGCACCACCUGCAGAAGAUGGUGUAUCUGUGGAACCUGCAGAGGGAGACGCAGUUAUAGAGGACGUUGAAGCAGACGGAGAUGCACUAGCAGACGAUGUAGCUGUCGAGGCUGCUCCAGCUGGAGCAGAAGGUGAAGAUGCCGAGGCUCCGGUUGAAGCGGCCCCUGCUGAAGGUGAAGCAGCUGAAGGUGAAGCAGUUGAGGGAGAGCCUGCAGAGGGAGAGCCAGUGGAGGUUCCAUCAGAAGAUGCUCCAGCAGCUGAAGGUGAGGAGGCAGUGGAAGCAGCCCCAGCUGAAGUUGGAGAAGGUGUUGAACCUGAGGCAGACACUGAAGCGGAAGCAGACGCUGAAGCGGAAGCAGAACCCGAAGGUGAAGCAGAACCCGAAGCAGAAGCUGAAGCUGAAGCAGAGGCAGAAGCAGAACCGGAAGCAGAAGCAGAAGAAGCAGCCGAACCGGAAGCAGAAGAAGAAGCCGAACCGGAAGCAGAAGAAGAAGCCGAACCGGAAGUAGAAGAGGAAGCCGUAGAGGAACCGGAGGUUGAAGAAGAAGCCGAAGUAGAAGAGGAAGCCGAAGAGGAACCGGAGGCUGAGGAAGAGCCAGAAGAAGAACCUGAGGAGGAGCCAGAAGAAGAACCUGAGGAGGAGCCAGAAGAAGAACCAGAAGAAGAGCCAGAAGAAGAAGAAUAGAUUGAAAAUAUUCUUGGUUAACGGCUCCGAUUUCAAGAGCCAUCCCCAAGAGUCAAAAGAGCUUAAAUUACCUUGAAUGGUUGAAGAAUAAAGGCGAGAGUCUGAAUUUCAGUUUGCUAUCAGUAUCAGUUAACUACUGAUAAACUCUACGUAGAAAUGAGAAAAGUGUCUGUAUUAGUGCAAUACUUACGAUUAUAGACGCAUUCACGAUUGAAACUAUUUUAACAUAUCAUAUUUACAUGGCAAGUUCCAAUGUAUCUUGACAAAGUUUUUUUAGUGACAUAAGCGUAAAUGUUGAUUAUUUUAAUUAAUCUGUAUAUUUUGAUAGAGUUACUGGUUCAGGGACACAAAGCGAUAAUCUGCUUGCGAAGAGAAUUUAAAAUUAAACUUUUAUUUAAUUCUUCUUAAAACUUUGAUAGCCAAUAUUCACAAAUAAACUCGCUAUGGCAAAGAACAUAGUACGGCAGUUUUUAAAUCAAAUAAUAUAGAUAUCCAUAAAAAAGUUGAGAAAUCAAGAUUGACAAGCAUAGAGCACUGCCGGUGUCCUGUUGAAGAGUAUUGUGCAAUGUGCACUGAUAUAUAUCGGACUUCAAAACGUCAUAAUGUUCAGUAUUUGCAGUCGGCUCACACACUUGUAGAUUUUUAUUACA